GCGCCAACCUGACUUAUAAAGAUCCCCACGGGAAUCUGCAGACGUUUAAAUCUCCCGUCUCUCGUGCGGAUCGCACACCUGAAGAGUUGCAGGUCCUGUGAAGAUGAGGACUUUCCAAGUUUUUGCCAUUUCUUUGGCCUUGUGCGCAGUCACACUCGCAGCUCCUGAUGCUCAGAACAAGCGCCAGGCCCUUUUCGUUCGACAACAACGACAGCAACCCACCGGCUACAGUUUGAACAAACCGUCAAACCCCUUGGUUGAAGAGCCUGAACAUGAUAGACAAAUCCGCCAAGCACAAUCAAACUUGCCCCUCGAAAAUGUUUUCCGGUGGUUCAGAGGCCAAUUCGACGAUCGGUCUCAAACAACGUCGCGCAAAGCGACCCGCGACUCUGCGCAGCAGGGCUCCGUCGACUCACCUUCGAGGGAAUACCUACCCCUGCCAGUAGCCGCGCAGGACAAGCCGCGGCCUUUCCAGCCGCAGCAGCGCCCGACUGCCGUGACCUCUCGACCCGCCGUCGGCGUCACCAACUACCCGACUACGACCGAGCGCGAGCGCGAAAACCCUUUCGUUGACUCGGACUCCUCGGCAGCGACGAACGACGAAGACCACCAUCACCAUGGCGCCCACAUCGACAACAUCGACGUGGUCUGCGCCAAGGACCAGAUGACCAUCAAGCUGCAGUUCAGCGGAGCGUUCGACGGCGUUAUUUACUCAAAGGGAUUCUACAACCAGCCCAACUGCAGGUAUCUGGAUGCUAACUCUGGAAGGUCCCAAACAGAAUUUACUGUCAGCCUCGACUCUUGCGGCACUCAGUUCGUUGACGAAUUCUCCACUGGCGGACAGGCCUACCUCGAGAAUGUGUUGGUCCUGCAAAACGAACCCGGAAUCCAAGAAGUGUGGGACACCAUCCGUCGCGUGAGGUGCUUGUGGGCCGGCAACAUCAAGGAGGCGCUCUCCACCUCGCUCAACGUCGACGUAUUGAACCAGGAAGUCGUGACUUUCAGCGGCGAUACUGCUACCGCGCGUCUCGAUAUCCAGGUUGGACGCGGACCCUUCGCCGCCCCUGCCAACGGCUUGGUUAAGAUCGGUGAGACCAUGACCCUGGUGGUCACCGUCGAUGGCGACCCAGACUUUGACAUCAGCGUUGGCGAGUGCGUGGCCCACGCUGGAGAUCGUGACCGCGGCGGCCCCAUCGUCAAGCUGACUGACUCCGACGGCUGCCCCCUGAAGACCAAACUGUUCCCCGACGCCUUUCAGACCACCAAGGACACUCAGGGCACCAAAGCCUCCGUCCUGGCCUUCGCUUACUUCCAGGCCUUCAAGUUCCCGGACCAAAUGGAGCUCAACAUCGAAUGCGAGGUCGAACUUUGCAAGACUGGAUGCAAAAUCUGCCCAAGAGGAAAGGGGGCAGGCCGUACCAAGCGUGCAGCUAACUCAACCGAUACCACCCCCAGUGGAAGUUUGACUGACCCUGUUAGGUUGAUCAGGAAGGUGCACGUGGUCACUGACGAUGACCUCGCCCUGCUUGAGGAAUCCGCCCUGGGAACUUCAUCUACAGUUAUCAACGUCGCUGCUCCUCAAGAUGGAAUCUGCGUGUCCACCUCUGCCUUCAUCCUCGGCUCAAUGUUCCUCCUCAUUCUGCUGGCCAGCGCUUCCAUGACCAGCGCCUGCUUGUGGCUCAAGACCCAAAGGCUAAAGGGCUGCAGCGCCUAAUUACUAGAGGCAAAGCUUGCGGAAAGACCAACUGAUAUACAUGAGCAAGAGUAUUUAUUAAAGAUAUAUCGACUCCAAUGUGCCAAGCAUGUAGUAAAGCUCUGUUGUAGAAUAGAUUUGUCGGAAAGUGUAUAAGAGAGGUAACUGUAUAGAAGUGAGCCGAUUUUUGAUUGCGGGUAUUUGCUCAUUUUAAAUUUAAUUCUGUGCUAUGAUUGAUAUCAUUGUAAAUAUUCCUUCUGAUUAAUAAACCUUAAGUCUUUUUAAAAA